AUGGACUCGAGCUCGCAUCUUGCUGCGUCGACCAGCCUCAGUGGCCAAGCCGAGCUGUACCAGGAUGGAAGCGAAACGCUGGAAUCGCCUGCUUUCCCAUCGCUGACUCCCCUCUCACACGAUCUGGCCCUUCUCUCACCUACGCACACACCCCACUUCUCGGUGGACGACUUUCUCGUGUCACGGACAAAGGCUUCCGACCUCAACUUUAUCCUUAGCGAUCUGCGCAGCUACAGCGAGAAGCUCAAAGAUGAGCUCUACUCGAUCAUCAACGAGGAUUACAAGGACUUCGUCUCGCUUGGUAGCAGUCUCAAGGCGGAGGCGCAUCGAAUAGCUCGACUUGGGUGGAAUGCGCGUUCGACGGAUCAUGCUGCGCAAGAUCAUAUUCCACAGCAGGGCCUCAUGGCUCCUGUGCGUGACACGCUGUUGGCUUCGCGCAGCAUGCUCAAGAGCGUCGAGCAGGACAUACAGGACUGCAUCAAACGUAAAGAGGAUGCGACCGCUCAAAAGGCUAAACUGGAGUUGAUGCUGCAGCUCCACGACUCCAUCGUCACGCUCGAGGAUCUGCUGCUCGUGCACCACGACAAGGCGAAGAAGGAACGAAGAAGGUCGUCUCACGCUACUGCACGCAGGCCGUCUGUGCUCAGCAUCACUUCGACGCGGGACCGCAGAACCAGUUUGGCUUCAAUCGCUUCUGGCUCGGACCAGGAAUUGUCCGACUAUGCUAUGUCUUCCGAGUACGACGAUGACACUGACAGCGAAGACGACGCUUCAGACGAUCAGCUUACGGCAAAGCGGGCCAACGGCGAUGCAUCGCUGAAACGCACAAGACGCAGAAUCCUACGUCGCCUCUCCUCAGGCACACACAACCCGCGCUCGCCCGUCCAGACGCGAGAUUCUGCCGCUCCAGCCGGCAUCCCUACCUCGCCCUUGAAGUCCCGGUCCGAAGCAGUCACCAGCACGGCCGCUUCUUCCUCCGCCUCAUCGCUACUCGGCCUCCCACAACGCAUCGCACGCACCUCGGCCGAAUACUCACGCCUCCGCUUUCUCCAUCGUCGUAUCGAUGAGGAAAACCUCGCACACUACGCCGACGCCCUCCAAGACCGCAUCGACACCGUCCGCUCCGUGCUGCGCCAGGACCUCCGUACGCUGCUCAGCUACCUCGUCUCUCCCCAGUCACUCCUGGUGCACGGACAGAGUAGCGCAGAGGAGCCGUCUUCGCCCGAGCUGCGCAAGUCGGUGCGUCCACCAACGACAACGGCGGCGAUGCAUGCACGCAGAUCGAGUUUUGUGAAGAGUCAUGCUAGGCCGAUAAACGAGGAGGAGGGGAACGAGCUGGAUGCGUGGAGCCAGGUUGCUGAGCCUGUCGAGCAAGGGGGAGGCGUGGAGGCGCAGUAUUGGCGGGCGAGGCUGGAAGAACAGCGAGCGUGGUUGGAGAUGGCGUUGAGUACGCUGAAUGCGCUUACGCUGUUAAAGAGGGGUGAGUCUGGCGAGGCGGGUAGUGUUACAAGGAGGAAUGAGGCGGAGGAGGCUGUGCGCGAUCUGCUAGUGUCUGACUGGGCAGCCAGGACCAUUGUCGCAAAUAAGGAGCAUCACGCGAACGGGGUAAGCGUGCAGAAAUCGCUUGAACGUCUGCCGCAGUCAGCACAAGCGCUGUUCGAGGAGCACCAUCGCCACACCGACUCUGUUCUCAUCUCCUCAACCCCGCCCAGCACCCUGCUCGAGCUAUACAACACUCUCCUCACCUUCGUCGCCACGACUGCAUGGCACAUCACCGACGCCUCGCGCGAGAUCUCGCAUCAAUCCAUCCCUUCCUCUAUUACGCCCACCACUACCACUGUGCAGACCCCAUCUGACACCCACUGCGACAUCUUCACCAACGUCGUCUGGGACACGCUCUCCUCGCACCUCCUCACCACCAUGGGCAACCUCAUCUUCUUCGUCGGCCAACCCGAUACCUUUUACGCCAAUUACACGCUCACCACCACAUUCCUCCAGCGCUUUCUCUCGCUCGCACCGUCGCCGCAAUCCCGCGUGGCGAUGCAGGAGCACCCAAAUUGGCUAGCGUUCAACCGGCGGUGGCAGCUACCCGUGUAUUUCCAGAUGCGCUUUCGCGAGGUUGUUACGCGGCUGGAAGCGGAGUUUGUCGAUGGGACCAGGAAGGUGAAAGGCGAGGAAGGGUGGAUGAUGGCAACGGGGGCGGUCGUAACGGCGGUGGAGAGAGUGUGGUCUGAGGGAGUGCAUAUCCACGAGCUGUCGGCACGCGAGUGGAGGGUGACGCUCCAGCUGCUGAGUCGGUACAAGACGUGGGUAGAGGAGCAAUCUGCUGAGUUUGCGACCGUUGCGGGGGGCAGGCAGCUGGAUGCCAUGCGCACUUCCUCCAACACCGGCGCGGACGGAGGUCGGACGAGCAUCGACCGCCCUGCAAGCAGCGACAUUUCGCGCGUCUCCACGCCGCAACCGCCACCCGAUUCCAACGCGCAACAGCGCGAUGAUGAGCAACUGCACUUUGCUACGGCGCUGCUUUCGGACUGUUUCGUGUUGCGCGCAAAGAUAGAGAGCGUGUUGGACGAGGUGGUGCUUGCUCGCAUUGGCGCGCAUCUCGAGGUGGACGCUGAGGCAGGGGUGGCCGGGAUGGACGCGCUGCGAGCGGACCUGGUACGAGUGCUGGACGAAGAGUCGCUUGACUUUAUCCCGGGGUUGACGGCGAGCGUGGGGCGGCUGGUGUAUAACGUCCUUCUUCCACGCGUUGCGUCCCCGCUGCGACUGCUGCGCUCGUUCUCGACCCCGGCCUACCGUCCCUCCUCCUCUUCCGCCCCCACCGGCACAGCAGCGGGCGUCACCGUGAUCCACCAACUCUUCCACCCGCUAGAAACAUUCCUUCACCUCCCCACCGUCCGCAACCUCCCCUCUACCGUCAAGCGCACCUGGAGCGAAAAGAUCCUAGCAGACGCAUUCAAACGCUACACGUCGACGAUCGAAACGAUCAACAAGAACCAGCAAUCCCUCAUCCGGCUCAAGAAGUCCCAAACCCCCUCUUCCACUGGAGGCCUGCUCGGCGGCCUCUUCAAAUCAUCCUCCGCCUCCUCGGCCGCCUCGGCGGGAGGCGCGGGCGAAACCGUGGCAGAACUCGAACGCGCCUUCGUCGAGACCAACCGCCAAGCACUCGCCACGUUCGAGUCGAAACUCAACGAGCUCGAGCUCGACAUCGACCUGCAAGGCUGGACAGCCUGGCUGACGCUCAAGCGCUUCCUCGAAAGCGAUCUGGAUCAGCUCUAA